GUCUCGGAAGUGUUAACGAUUGGACAAGUGGAAUGGCGCCAAGACUCAACAAGACAACUCAAACAAAACUCAAGAAGCAAUCUUCCUUUAGAGAGCAGCCACUGAAAGAAACUAUUAAGAGCAAGGGUGUAGAGGUGAUAAAGAGGAUACAAAGGAAGGAUAGUCUUCGGUUUUUUGCCCAGCCGGUGGACACCACAUAUGUAACGGACUACCUUGACGUGAUAAAGCAGCCUAUGGACCUUGGAACUGUACAAGCAAAACUUGAAGCAUACUCUUAUGCUUCAUUUGAAGAAUUAUGGCAAGAUGUUGACUUAAUUUGGAAGAAUUGCUGUACUUACAACGGUCCAAACACACAGUUUUAUCAGUGUGCUUUGAAGUUGCAGAAGUUUUCAAACCGUGUUUUUUCUGACCUCUGCUUGUUCUUACGCAAGAACGAUCUUGAGGGCGAAGCUAGAGCGUUGCAUGGCGCUAUGAGACGUUCUUGUAGUCUGAAACGUUCGUUGGAAAGCAAACGUGUUGACAGUACGGGUACUUUGACAGAUACCUUAGAGUGUGUAAAGUCACAAAGAGAAGGGAAAGCGACUUCUUGGAAUGCUCAUACAGAUGUUAUACAAGGCCCUUAUAUGAAUGACUCUACUCAACAAGAAAAGGAUUUUUAUAGUCGAAUAGAAAGGCUUGCGAAUUCUUAUCUUUGCAAUACGGAAGAAGCUUCUGCAAAUAGUUACGAACCUGUUGGAAGACAAAGAAGGAGAGAUAUAUUGAAAAAGGAACACGUCGAUGUUUUACCCGAACCUGAAUGUGUCAGCGACCUUCCACCUUCCUUGAGUUGUCCUUUCGAAUCUUUUUCUGGAAAAUCUUCUAUUGGGUUUGAAGAUUAUCGUGAAUCGCUAGAAAAUUUCACACAUCAAUUACAUCCUACUUUGAAACAUUUCUUUAGAGACAUGUUCAGCUCAGUCUAUGACAAUGCUGAUGAGAGUACCGUUGUAUCCUCUAGAAACAACAUGGAAGGUUCCAGCAACAAUGCGUCCGAAGUCAACAGAAAUAACUAUUCUUCAUCCUUAGAUAUCAUCGGUGACAGGCUAGAGACGUUGGUUCCUUAUGUGAAAGAUGAAAAGUUAACCCAAGAUCUUAUCCAUUUCGAUAUAUCAAAUAUCGAUUUCAGCAUGCCGUAUGGCGUUACGUUAAAUGAGUUGCAGCAGCUGGUUUCACUUCAAGUGGAAUUCGGUGUACCACUAAACUUUUUGUCGGAGUUAAUUAUUGGCACCAAAUAUUUUACGGAAAAAUUUUCGUUAUCACCAAGAGAGGCACGAACAGAGAACGUGACUGGAAUAAAUGAUAAUAAGGAAGUACGGGAUCGUCGUCCCACAACCGAAUUAUCGAGUCAUCUUCUUGGCAAUAUACAGUCUCAGUUUUCUAUGAGCAAGGAGCCAAGCAAGAUGGAUGAAAGCUGUACAAAUGAUACGCGUCUGACUAAAACAGCCCAUGAAGUGCAAGUCCGUGCUCAUAAACUUGAAAGUAGUGGGAGCGAUGUGUUUUGUAUGAACUGUGGAACCGUCAAAUCACCUGGUUGGCGUGCCGGACCUCCUGGUGCUAGACGGCUUUGCAACGCUUGCGGUUUAUUCUGGGCAAAACACAAACAACUUCGUCCAAAAGAAAAGUGGGUUAGAUAAGCCGCUUUUCAGACAAAUCAAU